AUGGCAACCGGAAAAGACGCCUUGUGGCAACAAGGGCGAGACGAGACGGUAGAGGUAAAUCAGAGGGCACUGAUUGAUAAAGUUCUUGCACGAUACUCUGGCGAAUUUACAGUUUUCCGUGAACUGCUACAGAAUGCAGAUGAUGCCCAUGCUACCGCCGCCGAGAUACGAUUCGAUACAAAGCAACACCUCGCUCAACAAGAGCAAGGUGCUCAGGCGGGUAUCGUACCCACAGACGAAACCUCUACUGGUCACCUGAGGAAACCUAAACUUCCAGACUUGAAGAAAGUUAAUGUCGAUCAAUGGACGUUUCGAAAUAAUGGUACGCCGUUCCGGAACGAGGACUGGAAUCGAUUGAAGAAGAUAGGCAAGUAUCUGCAAGUCGAUUUUGAAAACGAUUGGACUUAUAUCUUGCUUGUAGCCGAGGGUAACCCCGACGAACAAAAGAUUGGUGCAUUCGGUGUCGGAUUCUACAGUCUUUUCUCGGUAACGGAAGAACCCUUUGUGAAGAGCGGUACAGAAUGGAUGGGAUUCUACUGGCGCAACGGCGGAGACCAGUUGUUCGCCAGACGCGGCGACCUCCCUGCCGAAUCCACCAACUCGGAAUGGACCUCGUUCGAAAUGCCCCUGCGCGAGUCGGCGCCCUUGCCCGGUCUACCUGUGGACAUUGCGCGAUUUUUGGCGACCAGUUUGACUUUUAUGACUCAUUUGCGAAGCGUGUCGAUGUUUUUUGAUGGGAGGUGUCUGGUCAAGGUCGAGAAGGAGGUUGGGUCCCCCCGCAAGCUGGUUAUUCCCCGUGGGUUGAAGUUGACGAGUCCCGGUGGGAUGAUGAACGCUACAGGGAUGACUUCGACCUCUACAGUCCUGCGAUGGGUGUACAAUACCGGAACAGACAAGAAACCCAUCCCGUCCGAUAAAGCCGCCAAACCAGCGCCAGCGACCUCAUUCUUCUCCUCCCUCUUUUCGUCCUUUACGUCCGCCCCCACCCUCACCCCGGCACCUACACCCGCCCCCCUUCCCGAGCCCGAAAAGGACCCGCUGGAAGCGCUCGAGUCGACUGUCCAGUUGUCGAUUUUCGCAGCCGAGAUAUCGGUCCGGCUGGAUAACCGUAUGAAUACCGAGUUGGAACGCGCGACCAAGAAGAAGCCUCCGUCUACGUCUACGUACCAGUUGAUUUAUACUGGCAAAGACGAGUACGAUGCGAGUAAAAAGGAAGACGAGAAAGAAUUCAAAGAUACUGGGAGCGUGUUCCAGGGCUUGCGAGCUGAUCUUGAUGGGACUGGCCAUGCGCAUGUUUUUAUUGGUCAUGCGACUGCUCAAACGACUGGAAUUGGUGGCCAUGUUGCUGCGCGAUUUAUUCCGACCGUGGAACGAGAGUCAAUCGACUUGGUAGAUCGGAAUGUCUCGAUUUGGAACAAGGAACUUUUAUACGUUGGUGGACUACUCGCUCGAGCCGUGUACGAAAUCGAGCUCUCCAAUAUUGCGGAGCUAUGGACCGGCGCUAUGAGUUCCUCUACUAGCGACAAAGACGACGAAGGAGACAAAACCCUUCGAACAUGGCUUCAAAGCAGAUGUCUACACGUUCUCCAAUUCUUUACCUUUCACCCGACCACACCCUCGUCUGUCGUUGCCGAGCACUUCCGGUCCGCGUUCUUUACGUCUGGGGCAAUGGCCAACCACAUUUUCCCUAUCAUUUCAACGCUCGGUGUGCGCUCCGCAAAGGAUGUCCGUGUGUACAACGCCGCGUUUACCGGAUUUUUGAAGAAUACGCCGAUGCUACCUCCCGAAAUCGCACGGGAAGGACGACUGAUGCUCGCCUCGCUCCGGGAACGCGGAAUGUGCACGGACGUGACUUUCCAGGACGUCUUGGACGAACUCAAGGCGCGGAUCCUAGACGAACAAGAGGCCGUGGCGUUGCUCAAGUGGCGAAUGGGCCUAGAUGCCGAACUCACAAGGACGCACGCACGGGAGUUGAGAGAAGUGUUUUUGGGCGCAGCGGUAUUUUGCAUCAAAGAAGAAGGGAAACAAGAUAAAGUCGUGCCUCUUGCGUCGAUUCGAACGUUUAUCAACCCUCGGACUUCGGUUAUUCCGUUGGAUAGCCCCCUACCAGAGCACACCCUCCCGUUUGUGAUUAGCAAACAACUCGGAAACGCAGACUUCAAGGGUCUUUUCGGGUGGACGGAGCUCGGUGUUCCUGAUUGGAUAACCUAUCUUGUCAACCCUACGGCUCGGAAGGAGACCGGUGUGGACAUUACUGUCGACGCCGUUUUUGCUGAACGCGUAUUGGGCGUGAUUGCACGUGCAUGGCCAUCCAUAAAUGCUACACAGCAACAAGACAUAUGCACCAAGCUCUCGGACGUACCUUGUGUCCCUACACGCGCCGGGCUCAAGAUCCCAUCCGAGGCUUACUUUUCGAAUGCGCAUGUGUUCCCAGACUUGCCGAUCGUCGUCAUGCCAAAGGGGACGGCUGUCAAGGGUACACUGGAGAAAGUCUUGGUCUCGUUGGGCGUUAGGAGGCAUGUGGAUUUGCAGAUUGUGUUUAGUCGGAUGAUUCACACUGGAGAUUGGUCGACGGCCGACUUGAUCAAGGGAGAUGGAGAUGGCAAACCCACACGUUACCUUGCUAAGGAUUUGUACGAACCGAUCGACACCUUGCGCGACCUUGGACUUCCAAUCUUGUUUUGGAGCCCAACCGUAAAAUGGAAGUCCGGUUCGGAAGAGGCGAAAUUCAUGUUCGAAUUAGGACUCAAGCGCUUCCCAUCUUUGGAAACAAUCCUCACUCUUGCAGGAGCGACUGAGAUUGACAAACGUACCGCGGCGCUAAAGUAUUUUAUGGACAACCAUAGCACUCGAUAUACCUCCUAUCAAGCGCAUACAUUUAAGCAUUUGUCAUUUGUUCCAGCAAUCAAACCAGAUGGAACUUCUUUCUUGUCGAACCCUGCAGCUGUUUAUUCGAAUCCCGAAUGUGCGGUUAUGGGCUUCAACGUCGUUGAUCCCACCUUGGAUAAAGAAGCCGUUGUUAAACUCCAGGUUGCUAGUAAUCCCCCGACUCGAGCUUUGCUCACGACCCUACUUGGGACCCCUCCCCGCGACCAAGCUUUGUCACGUAAAUACUACGAGUAUUUAGCCAGUCGAAUUGCUGAUUUUACUCCCGCGGAACUUGAUCGCAUGGCAGACACUGCUUUUAUCCCCGCUGCUAAAACAACGGUCGCCCCAAAUGGCAAUGUCACAGCAACUCAACAGAUGUUCAAGCCGACACAAGUGUAUUUUGGGAGCACCGGGAGCCGGGAUAGUAUCCAUUCCACUCUGUUCACGUUUGUCGAUUUUGGGCCCAAGGCUGCUACGUUCUUGAGAGCUGUGGGCGUCAAGGAUGAGCCUACCACUCAGGAAGUUUGCGCGAUUAUUAUGCAAAACCCAAAAUCGUUCAAGGAUGCUGUCGGGGGCUAUGAGCGGUAUUUAACCGAACUGAAACGCAUCGGAGCUCAGAUUUCUGCAUUCCCGUCUUCGAUGCGCAAACAAAUGGCUCGGUCCCCUAUGUUGGUCGGUACCAGACGGAUUGCCAAAGCGUCUACGAGGAAUCCCAAAGAACGACGAGGAUCAGACGCCAGUGACGACGAGGGUGAGGUUGAGAUUCAUUUCGAACUAUUGCGUGCGGAAGAGAUUCUUAUAAUUGAUGACGCGCACUCUAAUUCUUUGUUCGGUCAUGAAAUAUGGGGUGCUCCACAAGAGGACGUGAUUGAACAACUCUACGAGGGGCUUGGGUCGAAACGCUUGAGCGCUCUGGUCUAUGAAGAAUACAGGAGCGUCCCUUCGCAAAACAAGACAAAUAAACGCGCCCAAGACACCAGAGCUUUGGUCCUGGAGCGACUCCCACUAUUUUUACACGAGCAUACUCACAUGAAGUGCCUUAUCAAACCUGAAUGGUUGUCUCAGGAAGGAAACUUCCAGGUCAUCAUGGUUAAUAAACUUCAAUUGACUCGUCAUUUGAGCCACGGCCGAGGCUUCUCUGCUACUCAAGAAGCUUCCGCUGCAGCCAAAAGAGAAGGGGCUCGGGGUGUUGUUACUCUGUGGUUGGCUGAAAAUUCGCAAACAGACCUUUACGAGGUCGCAAACUCGUUGUGCAAUGUAUUGUUUCCUCGCCACAAAAUCAACGAUAGUUUACUAUUCAUGACUAUAUUGUCUACGGACCUGCGAGCACUGAAGCGACGGGGAUAUAAUGUCGAUCGUAUCCUAAAUCAGCAAAAGGUGGAACGAGCUCGAGCAGAGGCUGCCCGCCUUCAGUUAGAACGCGAGAGGAAGGAGGCAAGGGAAGCAGAGGUACGUGCAGCUUCGGUUGCAGCUGCGGGCGUGGCAAACCCUACCAGUCCUCCAUCGAUACCUGAGAAAGGGUCCCUGGUCCACCAACCAACGCCAGUUCCCAUAGCCGCAGGUCUACCUCCCAAAGGUAACCAAAGGCAAAGUAUCAUGGGGACCUUCAACAACUUCCGAAAUAAAAUCACAGGGGGUGCCGGUGGUGGCGAUAGAAAUAGUAUGCAUGAAACCAAGUCGCUCUUAGGGCCACCGGAAGGGAGUGGUCCGUCUUCAGCACUUACACCCAGGGCGCCGAGUCCCUCUGGACAAGUAACCUCCCAAGACAGUAUUGAGAACAACGUACGAAUGGCGAUUGCUGCGUGCCGACCGGAGAGCCAGUCUUUGCUUCGCAAUCGUCAGCAAAUGACCAUGGUCAAGGAAUCGCUAGACGAGGGCUAUUGCGACAUCAGUGGAUCAGCCGAUGAUUUUGCGCUUGCAGGCGAAGUAGCUGGGUAUCGGGUUUAUAUUGCUCGAGAUGUUUCAGAUCCUGGUUUGCUUGCUGCACAGAAGUUUGAUUCUAUGACCAGAUUUGGAAAUCUUGUCGUUACACCCCUACGGAGUCUUUACAAACUGCCCCCUUCGAGUGUGCACAUAUUUUACGAUACAAAGGGCGGACUAAUCGCGUUCAAUCGUAACGGGAGUCUGUUCUUGAACUUAAGAUAUUAUGAGGGCUGGCAUGACGAGCUCGUCAAAGGAGGGAGUUUACACAAAGCCUUAAUAUCCUGGUAUUUCACGUUGGCCCAUGAGAUCGCACACAAUCUUGUUCAGCCACACAAUGCAGAACACGAGUACUACUUUAGUUCUCUUGCGGAACUCCACAUGCCCGAGUUCUCCGCUAUGCUUUCACGGUCCUAG